GCGCGCGCGCGCACUCACUCACACACACGCACACACUCAGAUCGCGGCGUUGCUCUCUCUCUCCAUCCUCGGAGGCGCUGGAUGGGAUUUUUGCUCUGUUGACCUUCACACAUAUUUGGGUUUUGAACAGAGAGGGAGAGACAGAAGGAAAAGGAAGAAAGAAAGAAAGAAAGAAAGAAGAAGAGGAGUGUGUUGUGGUGUGCUGAGUGUGUGUGAGGUGUUUUUUUUUCAUUCCCGGGCCUUUUCUCUCUCUCUCUCUCUCUCUCUCUCUCUCUCUCUUCAUUAUUUAUUUCCGUUAUUGAUGGUGGGAGAUUUCCGCGCGCGUGCAAGAAUCGCGUGGUGACAUUUGUGACAUUUUGGGUGUUUUUCCCCCGAGCGCGCGCCAUGGCUCGGCCGCGACCCCGCGACUAUAAAGCCGGAGAUCUGGUUUUCGCCAAGAUGAAGGGCUACCCGCACUGGCCCGCGAGGAUUGAUGAGCUUCCAGAGGGAGCUGUGAAGCCUCCUGCUAAUAAAUAUCCUAUCUUCUUCUUUGGCACCCAUGAAACUGCGUUCCUCGGCCCUAAAGAUCUGCUGCCAUAUAAAGAGUAUAAAGAAAAGUUUGGCAAGUCGAAUAAGAGGAAAGGCUUCAAUGAGGGACUGUGGGAGAUCGAGAACAACCCCGGAGUCAAGUUCACUGGCUACCAGAGCGUGCAGCAGCAGAGCUGGUCGGAGGGGGAGGGGGCUGAUGCAGCAGACGGCAGCAGUGAGGGUGAGGAAGGUGAAUCCAUCGGAGAGGAAGAGGAAGGAAAGGUGAAGGGUGAAAAGGUCGGAUCCAAACGGAAAAAGACAGCGUCCUUAAAGAAGUCGAAGCUGUCCAGGAAAUGCUCUGCUGAGGAGGAAGAGGAGAAGGACGGAAAAGAAGACGAGGAGAAAAGAGACAACGAUAACGACCUGCAGAACUCAGACAAGAAGACGUGUCCAGGGCAGAACCAGCUGCUGCGAGAGGAACAUUAGAUCCUGAAGCAGAUCUGAUCAUGUUGUGGUUUGUUGUGUGAUGUUGGAAAUGUAACUCGCUUUGACAUCAUCAAAAUAAAAAAAGAAAAGAAAAAAAACAUUGUUAUUAUAAAAUCACCAUCAGAAAAUAAUCUGAAGUCCAGAAGUCCAGAGAAAUUCAUCCACGUCUCAUCAACAGAGCCAAGCUGAAGCUAAAGCACUAGAAUUAAAGGGGCGGUAAGUCUUCUUCUCCAUUACACAUGCAGUGGAUCUGAUGAAGCCGUGUUUUUGUUCUUCUUGUGUUGAGUGUGGAUUCAGCUGGAAUGUUGCUUACCGCCCCUUUAAUGUGCAGUGUUAACUAACACUUUAUCAGAUGUAAUAUAGUCAUCAGUUUAGUGUGAUGUUCUAGCUGUAGCUGUUAUAGCUGGAGUCUUCACCUGGAAACCAGCCCACUCUCUCUUCUUCACUCCCCCUGACCUUUCACCCUCAACCCUAUCCUUUCCCCUGAACCCUGACUUUUCACCCUGACCCCUGACUGUUCUCCUGGACCCUGACCUUUACCCUGACCUUUUCAUUUUAGACAUUGAUUUUUAAUACUAAACCCUAACUGCCCUAGCCUCUAACUUUGACCCUUCACCAUAACACUGGUCAUGUUCUGCUGCCCUUCCAUAAGCUUUUACUUUAACACUACCCAUUAAGUGUAAGCUCUGACCUUUGAACCCUACCCUAACCUUUUAACUUUUUUCUUGCUCUCCCUUAGAUUUGACCAUAACGUUGACCCCUUACUCUAAACCCUAAUCAUUAACCCUAACACUGACCGUUCACCCUAUUACUGUUUUCAUUCUUCAUGAACUCUGACCUCUGUAACCCUUUUUCUAAAACUUCCCCUUAAACUGAAACUCCUAUCUCUGACCCCAGCCUUGACCUUUCAUCUUAAACCCUGAAUUCUUUCAAUAACUUUUCCUAAAUGACCCUAGCCUGAUCCCGUACACCUAACCUCUGACCUUUCAGCCCAGGGUCUUUACCCUAAAGCUUCUCAUGUUUCUUGCUGACACUAACCUUUGACCUUUCACUUUAAUUUUAUUACUUGUAACCCUAAACUGACCUUUCAGGCAAACUCUGACCUUUUACCUGACAUUUAUAGCAGUCUCUUCUUUGAUCUUUUACCCUCUGACCUUUGGCCCUGUCCAUGCUGUGUGUAUAAACCGGUGAGUGACUGAUAGACAGACAGACAGAGUGAUAAGUAUAAGUAGUGGUAUUCAGUAAGACACUGUUGAUGGGUGGAGUUCAUGUUGCUGUAGAAUUCGGGACCACGCUAACGGAUUAAUGCUCUUUUUUUUUUGUUUGUUUGUUUGUUUGUUUUUUAUAUAAAUAAAGUGAAUCCUGGUUCCUGUGUCUGUGCGCUCGCUUGUUUCUUAGCUCUUUAGUGGCAUGCUGUCUGUCCUAUUAAUUCUGUAAGAUAGAACAUUGCUCGGAGAUUAGCGCUAAGUCUGAGGCAGGAAGCGUCUCCUAGCGUUUAGCGCUUCGUCGUCACUGACCCCAAGACGCUCUUUUACUUCCUGAUCUGUGUUUAUAUAAAGAAUAUAUUCUAUUUAUUUUUGAUGAUGGUAGAUGACACAUCUGUGGUAAGUGUUAGCGCAUUCGCACGUCCUGAUUCAGUCGCACGACAUGUGUUUCUGUGGCAGUGUGGGCGGAGCUUAAAGUGAUCCUAUGACAUCAUUCAGGAGGCUGUUGGUACACGCAGCCAACUUCCUGUUAUAUCACACAACUACACUCGAGCGUCAAGCCAAAGAAUAAAAAAAAAUCUUGGUGAUGUCACACAAUCGAGUCUACUGAUUGGCUGAUGGAAUUCGCUGUAAGCCCCGCCCCUUGUUAACUCCGACAUGCCUGUCAGUGAGUGAAAUCAGGACAUAGAGAUCAUCGGUGUAGAUUUUUUGCCCCUCUUUAUCUUUGUUAUUGCUCGUUACAGUUCUAUCUUACAUUUUCAACGUUUGUAGUUCACUGUAAACUGUUUUCCUGUUUAUUCACAAGACUUUUACAGAAUAAAUUUGUUGGAAUGCA